GCUACGCCAGCCAGCACUCUCCGCCGUUUCCGUCCGGCUGCAACAGCGGCUCUCUCGCGAGAGGAGAUCUCCGUGUUAAGACUCCUCGUCAAAGUCUUUUCCUUCCUUCUUUUUCUUUUGUUUUGUUUUGUUUGUUUACUUGCAACCUACCCCCCUUAUCAACUUCUUCUUUUCAAUAUCGUGUGUUUUUUAAUCAGUGUUUUAAUUAAUCGGUGAACUUAUAGCUGAUAAUUUCUACCAAGAUUUUAGUGUUACCAAUUAAUUGUUGAAAAUUAAAUAAAGUGUUUGGUUAUAUAUAUAUUUGUUGUUAUCAGUGAGGACAUGUUGUUGUUGUUGUUGUUAUUAAAAAGAGUAUGAAACUCGGUAUGGUGAGUGAUAAGGCGAUCGAUCGAUCCGUUGAUCGAUCGAUCGCUGUGCGCCAUCAGGGUGAUGAUGAUAACAGGGUCGAGUAGACCUACUCGACUUCAGUGCUACGAAAUAUAGAUCGAAGUAGAGAAAGAGAGAGGGUGGGAGAGGGAGGAUAAGAAGGGUGGGAGAACAAGUGGGUUAGAGUUUAACAGGGGCUUUCGUGGUGAUUUCGACGCGGAGGAAGUUGUUAAACGAAUAAAAAGAAGAAGAAGAAGCAGAAGAAGAAGCAGAAUAAAAAGAAAAAGGGUGGAGGAGGAGGUGAAGGAGGAGGUUCGAAGUUCGUGGUGGAGGCCUGGCUGAUGCACCGUGGCUGCGGCGGCGGCGUCGCCGGAAGCGGUGCUGCUGCUGCAGGAUCCGGAAGUGCUGCUGUAUCUGCUGCCGUGGUUGCUUCUGGAAAUACUAGCGGGGAUGGGACUACAGGAUCAUCAAGUGUUGUAACACCGGAGGAACGUAUUUUGGAUCAUCAUCAUCAUCGUCAUCAUCCUGGUGGUCAUCAUCAUCAUCAUCACCAUCAUCAUCACAAUCAUCAUCAUCAUCACCCGUCGGCAAUGCCAGGUGCUCCAGGUUUUCACUGGGGUGCCAUGCUGGCAGGGCACCACGCGGCUGCCGCCGCUGGCAUGAUGCAACCACCUUUACCAGCUCCGGGCGAAUACGCCCCGGCUGCGGCUCAUCAUCAUGGGGCCACCCACCCCGCUAUGCCCAUGGACCUUCACGUUCACCAGGGCUUCCCCUACUACAGGUACCGAGAGGAUGCGCUGUGUUGGACUGACAGGAAACCGUCCCUGGACGACGUCGGGAAUCCUACUUCCGUCAACGCACGAUUUGAGGAGAGACACUACGCUUUCGAAAGUAUUCUGGAGUUGCGUAAAGAGAAAAGCCGUGAUGCAGCAAGAUCGAGACGGGGUAAGGAAAACUUUGAGUUCUACGAGCUAGCAAAGAUGUUACCUUUGCCGGCGGCCAUUACCUCGCAAUUGGACAAAGCCUCAAUUAUAAGGCUUACCAUCUCUUACCUCAAACUCCGAGAUUUCUCGGGUCAUGGUGAUCCCCCAUGGAGUCGUGAUGGACCACCACCUAACAAAACUGUUAAAGGUACAAAUCGCGUAAGGUCGGCAGCAAACGCAGCUGUAGAUCAUUUUGAGGUACACCAGGGUACCCAUAUAUUACAGUCAUUGGAUGGUUUUGCGAUGGCGGUUGCUGCUGAUGGAAGGUUCCUGUACAUAUCUGAGACCGUUUCAAUCUACCUAGGUCUUUCUCAGGUAGAAAUGACGGGAUCUAGCGUUUUCGAUUACGUGCAUCAGCAAGACCACGCCGAGGUCGCUGAACAAUUGGGAUUGGGAUUGGCAUCGUCCGCUACCUCUUCCGGUCCACAUUCCUCUAGUUCCGGUCUUGCUUCUCCGAGUAGUGCGGCUUCGGAAGAACAUGGCUCAUCCUCUACAGCUAAUCCUGACGUGUCUUCUUUGAUGUCGUUAUCAGCUAGUGGUCUUUACAAGGGUUAUGAUCGUGCAUUUUGCGUGAGAAUGAAAUCCUCGUUAACGAAAAGGGGUUGCCAUUUUAAAUCUUCGGGUUAUAGGGUCGUCCUACUGUUGUGUCGUUUGAGACCACAGUACACGUUUAGUCAUACGAGAAAAACAGCACCGCCAUUGAUGGGUAUGGUCGGUUUGGCUAUUGCACUUCCGCCACCGAGUGUACACGAAAUCCGAUUGGAGACUGACAUGUUUGUCACUCGUAUCAAUUUUGACUUUCGGAUAGCACAUUGCGAACCAAAGGUAUCUGAAUUAUUGGAUUAUACAGCCGAUGAAUUAACGGGUAAAAAUUUAUAUACCCUGUGUCAUGGUGAAGAUGCGAAUCGUCUUAGAAAAUCACACAUAGAUCUAAUCCACAAAGGACAAGUGUUGACGCAUUAUUAUCGAUUAAUGAACAAAAGUGGUGGUUACACGUGGUUGCAAACAUGUGCGACUGUAGUUUGCAAUUCGAAAAAUGCUGAAGAACAAAACAUCAUUUGUGUUAAUUAUGUAAUAAGUGGUCGUGAAUACGAGAACUUAAUAAUGGAUUGUUGUCAACUGGAAGAUGGCGUUACUGGUGUUAAACGAGAGGAUGCGACAGGAAAUGAUCCAGAAAAUGGUUCACCUGAUGCCGACAGAGGAGAAGGACGGAGUCGCGGAGGUCCGACAAAUCAGCAUCAAGAACAUCCUCAUCGUUCUCCGCCAGAAGAUCGAGAGGACACCAGGGGUUCCGAGAGUGAGAAGAGAGGGAACAGGCAUCACGACAGUAUGUCUCAGUUGCAACAGGAACCGCAAGCAGCGAUAGGGAAUAUCAGCACAUUGGUGGUCAAGUUGCGUCGACAUAAACGAAAGUUACAUGAGGAGGAAAGUAGUUCGAAUGAGGAGGAUGAGGAGGAAGAAGUUACUGAAAAAGUGGCUAGCAAUGAGAGGAACAAUCCUUUGAGUCCGACACCUUCGAAUAAUUCGAUUUCAACUAGCGAGCAAGUAUUGUGUGCGACGAGUCCUAAAUCAAGACGAAGUGGUGAUGCAACAGCUAGGUCUGGGACGGCUGAUGUCGUUGAAAGCGUUGGUGGUGUUGGUGGUAAUAGUAAUCCAGGUAGUCAGAACAAUGUCGGGACUGAUACUGGUCCUGGAAGCGUUGGUGGUGUUGGUACAACUGCUGGGACAUCGGUGAAAGAUUUGGAACAAGCAAUGUCAAAGCAUUUACCUGGUACUGCAUUGAAUAAAUCCAAUUCUCCGAGUCUUCAUCAACCUACAGAUUUUAGUACGGAUGCGUUGUUGAAGCAACAGCAACAGAGAAGUACGAUACAGUGGAUAGGUGCUCAUCAUCAUCUUGGUCAUUUGAGUCCUCAACAAUCGGCGACCGCACCUUUACCAGCUUCCGCACUUUUAAGGCAACUAUACGCGAAUCGAGAAAGCGUCAUACGUGCUAACGUUCAUGGGAUAACUUCAGCUGGUGGUGCGAGGACACCUUCGUCAGGUGGAUCUUAUUAUGCCAGUGAGACUGGACAGAAUGGUCCAUUACCGACACCUCCAGGUUCCGAAGGUUCAAGUACCUAUGGAGAACAUCAGUUCGUUUUAACGACACACAAUCAAAAGGCUUCUACCGGUGGUAAUAGUUGCGGAACCGAUGCUUUCACGAGUUUAGUAUCGUCCUAUUCGACGGCAGGUGGUUAUGCGGUUGAUUAUCAUUCAGCCAUGACGCCCCCGUCAUCCGUAUCACCUCGUGAUAAGCAACAACAGCAACAACAUCAUCAUCACCAUCAUCACCAACAGCAACCGCAGCAACAACAACAACAGCAACAACAGCAACAGCAGCAACAACUUCACCCAGUCAACGUGAUCAGCUCGUACGACACCUCAUCGGCUUAUGGGGAACCCGUGUUGCGUCAUCAAUACGAACCCGCUCAACCUUUACCUUUGAAACCACAAGUCUACUCGGCUACCGUUCACCCGAGUGCCCUCGAUGCUGCGGCAGCGUACGCCUCUGCUGGUCUCGGAGAACAAGCACAGUUUUAUCAUCACCCAGCUGCAGCUGCGGCAGCUGCAGCAGCUGGCUUUCAUAUCUAUCAUCCUUCUAACAAAGCUACGGCGAACAGUUGGUACGGUUCGACGUCCUAGUGGCGUCCUAGUGCUGUACGCGACACGCGUGUACUUAAAUAAUCAUCCCAAUUGUUCUAAACAACUAAAAUGAUGAACAAUCGGACUUUGAUGGGACUCUCUCUCCUCACACUCAUUAACUCUCUCGUAUGCAUAUCAAUUCGAAGAUAAAGAAUAACAACGUGAUCGAUUUUUCUUCCCUUUACCUUCGAGUAUUCCUUUUAAGAAAACAAAAUGGAACCUUUUUUUUCGUUGAUGAAUCUAAACGAUUUUAAUUGGACGAGAACUAUGAUGAAGAAUUGUCGAAGAAGUGUCUUCUCCUCGUCUCAUGUAAAUGGGUGCAUGUAAACCCUCACCCCCGAGUCCUCAAGAAAAAAUUGAAUCCUGUUGUCAUCCCCUUUCGUCUCGUACACACACACCAUAAAGCAAUGAUAAUUGUGCUGUGACUGUAAUCCCCAUAACACUUUUGUUUCUUAAACCAUGCUGAACGGCCUGACUUUAUUUACUUUAAUCUUGAAUAAUAUUGUGAGGUGUUGUUACGAGUUACGAUUUAAAUGGGGGUAAGGGGAGGAAACUUUUCAUGACAACUAGAUAAAUUAGACUCUAGUUAAACCCUUUAAACAUUGGGGGGUAACUUUUGUUUUAAAAUGAUUCUUAUUAUAAUAGCUUGUGACGCAUUUAACAAUGACGUUUGCUGGACUUAACAAAAAAGAGACAAAUUAUUUCGUUUUCCUGAGGUGCUCUCUCUCUCUCUCUCUCUCUCUCUCUCUC